CUUCAAUAUUCUUCAUCCGAUACAAGGCCACUUUUAAUCCGGUCGGCGAAAGUUCCUGCCUGAGGUCCUCCCACGAUCUCAUCUCCCUAGCUACACACGACACGGGGGUCGUGUUCACUCCCCGUCUGCACCGAUGCCGUAAUCCCCGGCGUCGAACGGCCCACGACACGUUCAAGCACGGUGUCAAGGAAAUAAGCAAAUAUGGCCGAUCCGUUCGAAGUGCGCAUGCGCUUCACGAACCUCCUCACGCAUCUCUCUGCCUCGGCGACGGCUUCCAUCAAGACGGCUCAUUAUGCUCUCAAGCACCGCGAUAUGGACGAGGAUCUGCACAGCUGCAUCAUCGAGAACCUCGAGCGGGGGAACAACAUGAACAACAGGGCGAACAUCAUGUACUUCCUCGAGCACCACGCCGACAUCAACAGUAAAGAAGGCGGGCACGAGGCUUACGUAGACAUGAUCCGGCGGGACAUCCAGCGCAUCGUUGACGCUGUGGCCCAAUCAGGCGCAAAUGUUAAGGUCGUACGGCGCGUGGUAAUGGGACUCGGCGACAAGGGCGUGCUCAGCGCUCAAGUGACGGCUGGCAUCGAAACUGGACUCAAAGAGAAAGAGGACAAGAUGGGAAAAUUACUUGGCGACGACGACAAGCCCGAGGACGGCGACACCCCGGUUCAGGUGGACGACACCCGCAAACCGACGCCACGUACCGCGAAAGGCAGUGUUUCAAAGAUGGACAAACGGGCAAUCGAACAGCGCAUCGAAGAGGACAGGGAGCGAAAUAAGAGACUACGAGAGAGUGUCUGGGCGGUCUCGGGCGACGACCAGGAGGAAUUCGACAGGAUGUGGGAAGAAGAAACCAAUCUUAGCGAAGAUGAGCGUGUCAUUGCCGAUGAAGAGGCUGAAGAACGCCUCCAAUUCGUGAGGUACUACAAAUCAACUACUCUGGGAAGGUGAACACAGUGUGUCACGAGGUCGAUCCAAGCCUCAUCUCGCCUUUCGUAUCGAUAUGGCUGGCUACCAACUAUCUGGGUCCCUCAUCUGUUGGCAGCUGAUGCAAUCCGAUGUUAAGAAAGGUCAUGUCAUCUUCGACGCCUAUCAAGCGCUAUGCCGACAAGGCAAAUGGAGCCCGGGGUUUGAAAGCGCAAAAGAUCAGGCUUUGGCUUUCUUCGAAGUCAUACUGACGUCGUCAUCUUCAUCCUCCUCGUCAGACACGACCAUCUUCCUCUUGCGUGGUGCUGCCGGGCCUUCUACCUCGCCAUUGUUACUCUGGUUCAUCUGCUUAUCUCUUCGCAGUGCGUAUGAGAGGAUCAAUCCUUCAUACUCGUCCUCCUGUCCUCGAGCACUGUCCUCAAUCUGGGGGAUCCGUUCCUCAAGAGGGACUUGCAUGAGAAUAUCCUUGUUCUUCUUCAUGAUUCGUUGCUUUAGCAGGAGACGCCACCAGAAAUAAUUCCGAUCGGCCGGAUUUUGAGCUCGAGCGCCUUUAACCUUCAAGCUCGUCAAGGACGCACCUCCAGCGGCUCGAUGAGAAUGGGGGAUCUGGGCUAACAAAAACAUUUCGGCCAUACGCGCGAAUUGUCUGCUAGCAAUUUUGUUCUUCACUCGGAUUGUUUGUAAGGUAGUCAAUGGAAGAAGCUUUGCCGUAGGAACUGACUUUAUCCGGCCACGGUCGAGAGCUGCGAAUGGGGAGGAGUUGAUUUUGAUCUCUGAAGCUUGAAAUUGUGGUUCGAGCACAUCGAAAUCAUUCAUAUCUCGCAGUUUGUCGAAUUCUUCGCUCGGAUCUUCCACCGUCAUCUCCAAUACCGUUGGGUCGGCCAUAACCUCUGCAUAGAUUGCUUGGUACAAAGCCGAUCCAUGGCCACCACUCUGGUAGGGAGGUGUGAUUAAGAAUUGUGAUAUCCGAAGGCGCGACGACAGUUGAUUUGGAGUGAUUGUCU